GCGUCACAUUGCCCAUGCGGCCAAGUCAGCCUCUCCUCGCGAUCGACCCGCAGACCAAGGCCAACGACACCAGCACCGGCCUCUUGCUGCUUCGAGACCUUCUCUGCUGGCCCUUCCAGUGGCUCACCUACGCCACGCUUCUCUACGCUUCCGCCCACGUUCUCUUGACGCUCAUCGCGUAUCUCGCCGUCGUCCCCGUCGUCCUUCUCGCACUCUGUCUUGUGCCGUACGCUGUGCUGCGCAGCCUCGCAUGCGUGGCCAUCCAGCGCUCCGGCCGUCUAUUGUACCCGUGGCGCGUCUUGUAUGCGUGCACGCGCCCGCUGGUCGUCGCCGACGUGAGGCUCCACAACCAGUUUGCGCCAAGCUCCAAGACGAUCACGCUCGCGUACGACAUGAGCGUUCGGCAGAGCGCGAGUCGCGGAUACCGGCCUCUCUUUGUGGUGCGCAUGGUCGAUGUGCGCACGCCGAUGGCGCUGAUAAAGACGUGGGCGUACCUGCUGCUCGGCCGCGCCGUGCUCUGCGUGCCUCUCGGGUACUUCUGGGGCAGUACACUCUGGGAUGUGGCCGAGUCGGCGAUCGAGCUGGCGGUCAUGGCUCUGCAAUGGCGAUGGGACGACUUUGAGUUUUGCUUUGGGUGGGGCAAAAGCGUGAGCUGCGUCGAUCAUCCGUUUGGCUGCGUCGGGGUCUACGUCCUCGAAUGUCUGCUUGUCGUUGUCCUCCGGGCGCCGCUCGUCAAGCUGCUUUCCUGGGGCACGCGAUGCGUUAGUAGCGAGUCGGUGCUUGUGCUAAACCACGACCCGAUGAUGCCAGUGUAA